AUGUUCCUCCCCUUGCUCCUUACCCUGCUCCCAGCAGCCUUUUCGCUCCCACAUACCACGACCUCCACUCAUACUCCCACUCCCGAGCCAUACAAUUGCGGCUACGCUCUGACGCGCCAUAACAGUAGCGCCUACGUCGGCCUCUACGCACACAACCGCUGCGAAGACUUCUUCUUCAACGAGACUAUCAUCGGGUAUCAGGAUGCAUUCGCGUACCGGCUAUACGGUGGGUACGUAGAUGGGCCGAUUUUCAAGGGGCCGACGAGUGAGGAGAGUGAGAUGGCGUUUGCGGAUCCGAAGCCGAAGUGGUAUACUUGCAAGGGGAGUGCUUGA